GGCAGAAUGCUCAUGAAGUAGCAACUUAAGUGGCAGUGUUAUCCUGAAAUCCUCAGGCAGCCAGACCGUCUUAGGCAAACCUUGAUAAAACAGUCCUUAUCCAGGUUUUUAUCUAAGGAAUCCCGAGUAGACUGGAAAAUGGAGAGACAGCAAAGGUUCAUGUCAGAGAGGGACGAAUAUCAGUUUCAACAUCAGGGAGCAGUGGAGCUGCUUGUCUUUAAUUUUUUGCUCAUCCUUACCAUUUUGACAAUCUGGUUAUUUAAAAAUCAUCGAUUUCGCUUCUUGCAUGAAACCGGAGGAGCGAUGGUGUACGGCCUUGUAAUGGGAUUAAUUUUACGAUAUGCUACAGCACCAACUGAUAUUGAAAGUGGAACUGUGUAUGAUUGUGGAAAACUGGUCUUCAGCCCUUCAACUCUGCUGAUUAAUAUUACUGACCAAGUUUAUGAAUAUAAAUACAAGAGAGAAAUAAGCCGGCACAACAUCAGUCCUCAUCAAGGCAACGCUAUACUUGAAAAGAUGACAUUUGAUCCAGAAAUCUUCUUCAAUGUUUUACUGCCACCAAUUAUAUUUCAUGCCGGAUAUAGCCUAAAGAAGAGACACUUUUUUCAGAACUUAGGAUCUAUUUUAACAUAUGCCUUCUUGGGAACUGCCAUCUCCUGUAUCGUCAUAGGGUUAAUUAUGUAUGGCUUUGUGAAGGCUAUGGUAUAUGCUGACCAGCUGAAAAAUGGAGACUUUCACUUCACUGACUGUUUGUUUUUUGGUUCACUGAUGUCUGCUACAGAUCCAGUGACGGUGUUGGCCAUUUUCCAUGAACUGCAUGUCGACCCUGACCUGUACACACUCUUGUUUGGGGAGAGUGUGUUGAAUGAUGCAGUUGCCAUAGUCCUUACAUAUUCUAUAUCCAUUUACAGUCCCAAGGAGAAUCCGAAUGCAUUUGACGCUGCGGCAUUCUUCCAGUCCGUGGGGAAUUUCCUGGGGAUCUUCGCCGGCUCAUUUGCAAUGGGGUCUGCGUAUGCUGUGGUCACGGCACUGUUGACCAAGUUUACCAAACUGUGUGAGUUCCCUAUGCUGGAAACGGGCCUGUUUUUCCUCCUGUCUUGGAGCGCCUUCCUGUCUGCCGAGGCCGCUGGCCUAACAGGGAUAGUUGCUGUUCUCUUCUGUGGAGUCACACAGGCACAUUAUACCUACAACAAUCUGUCGUUGGAUUCCAAAAUGAGGACUAAACAGUUGUUUGAAUUUAUGAACUUCUUGGCUGAGAAUGUCAUCUUCUGUUACAUGGGCCUGGCGCUGUUCACGUUCCAGAAUCAUAUCUUUAAUGCUCUUUUCAUCCUUGGAGCCUUUCUAGCAAUUUUUGUAGCCAGAGCAUGCAACAUAUAUCCCCUCUCCUUCCUCCUGAAUCUGGGCCGGAAACACAAGAUCCCCUGGAACUUUCAGCACAUGAUGAUGUUUUCAGGUUUGCGAGGAGCGAUAGCUUUUGCCUUAGCUAUUCGGAACACAGGAUCUCAGCCCAAGCAAAUGAUGUUUACCACCACUCUGCUCCUGGUGUUCUUCACAGUCUGGGUAUUCGGAGGAGGAACAACCCCCAUGCUGACCUGGCUUCAGAUCAGGGUUGGUGUGGACCCAGAUGAAGAUCAGAAGGAGGAGCCCUCUUCACACCAGGAAGCAAACAACUCUGGCAAAAGCACGACAAAAACAGAGACUGCCUGUCUCUUCAGAAUGUGGUACAGCUUUGACCACAAAUAUCUGAAACCAAUUUUAACCCACUCUGGUCCUCCGCUGACCACAACAUUACCUGAAUGGUGCGACCCAAUUUCCAGACUGCUCACCAGUCCUCAGGCCUACGGGGAACAGCUUAAAGAGGAUGAUGUAGAAUGUAUUGUAAACCAGGAUGAACUGGCCAUGAAUUACCAGGAACAAACCACCUCACCCUGCAGCCCUCCUGCAAGGCCGGGUCUGGACCAGAAAGCUUCACCCCAGACUCCAAGCAAGGAAAGCAUUUAUGAGGGGGACCUUGGCUUAGGAGGCUAUGAACUCAAGCUUGAGCAAACUCCAGGUGAAUCCCAGCUGAAUUAAUGGGCGUGAACAACGCCGAGGUAAUCACAGGUAAUGCAGGGAUCACUGAUGAUCAAGCCAAGCCGAUGAGGCUGCAUGGAGGAGAGGCUGGAAAAUGUCUGAAGGGCAUAAAUUGGAGAGAUUCAAAACCUUAUCACGUGUAUCCUCUGGUGCCUGCAGAAAUGAGAAUUUAUUAUCAUCCCUCUAUGUUACGCAACUGCAUUUAAGUUUUUGACAGCGCCAUUUUUAUUAGUAAAUCGGGUGGGGUGGGAAGGGUGCAGGGGGAGGGAGGGAGGUGUCUAGCUGCCGGGAGGAUGAAACAGAUGUGCUGUGUCUGCAGGGUGUUUCUUUUCUGUGUGCAGCUCUCUGGGCCCUUCACUCAGAUUUGGGAUCCUAUUCCCUUCAUUAAGGAGACUUUAAACAUCAGAAAAGGAGUUUCUGAGCUUAAAUGUGCGGCUCCUAAGCUGGAGGGAAUGCCCAGUUCUUCAGGAAGUGAGACGUUUUAUAUGUUUAGAACCUAGGCGCCCACUCGCUCCUAAUGAUCCGGGGAUAUUGGCCCAGAUAAGUGCUUGCUUGAUACCACUGUUGACGGCCUCACAGAACCCACGGCGCCUGGGGACCCGCCUGUUCUCCUCCGCAUCCUCUUCAAGUUGCUCCUCCCCUUGCUUGAAGCCGUUGGUGACAGCUUUGUUGCGCUCUGCACUAAAUGCAGUGCCACUUUUCACCUUGGUAGGACCCCUUCCAGGGACAGCGGGGUCCUCUCCUCCGUACCAUGUCCUUGCUUGCAUCUGAGUCACUUCCAGGCUCCGUGGCAGGUCCCUCUGUCCGCUGAGUGAUGAGACUCCUUAGCACAGGUUCCUCUCCACACAGCAGGAGUCGGGACAGGAACACUGACCUGUCCUCCGAUUCCAACUCUCACAGCUCAGCAGCAGCGCAGGGGCAGGAGCGAGAGGAGCAGGGCGGAGGGUGCGCAGAGACCGCGCGGAGGAGACAAGGGCGCAGCAUCAGGGGCAUUUUUACAAGGCAUGGCUCACGGCCCAUGGCGGGGAGACCAACGCAAUAGCUUUUAAUUUAGCUGCACAACUUUUAAGCCAUUAAGAUACCUCAAACACAGCUUCUCUUGAAAUACAAAUGUUAAUAUCAGACUCCAAGAAAGCAGACCCCAGUCACAGGUUAGGAAUGGCAUCUUCCUGGGACCUAAAGCUCGGAAGUAACAUAGGCUUUGCUGACCAGUUAUUUGGCUUUAGACGUGAACCAUGGUGGUGCCGGGCACGCCACUACACAGAUUCUCUUGCUUUCCAAACAGUAGAAUCCAGGGGCACAAAUUGUUUUCUACUCAGCUAAGUAUAACAUGGUCAUUCCGGGUAAAUAUGGCAAAUGGCAAAGCAGGAAGUUUUCUAA